CAAGUGAAGGCAAUCUCCAUCUCCUCUUGCUUCUUCUCUCUUUGAGCUUUUGGUCUCCAAAAGUUAGAGCUGCGGAUAAAUCAUUGGAUGUCGGUGUGAUUUUGGAUACGAGCUCAUGGAUUGGGAACAUAAGCUGGAGUUGCAUACCCAUGGCCUUGGAGGAUUUCUAUGUUGCAAAUCCCAAUUACACCACAAGGCUCAAUCUUCAUCUCAGGGAUUCUGGAAACACUGCAUUUGGAGCUGCAGUUGCAGCUCUUGAUCUGCUACAAAAUGUUCAAGUGCAAGCAAUCAUCGGACCACAAACAUCCACAGAGGCUAAAUUUGUCAUUGAACUUGGAGACAAAGCUCAUGUCCCCAUCAUUUCUUUCUCAGCCAAAAGCCCUUCUCUUUCACACCAGAAAAAUCCCUAUUUCAUCCGCACGGGACUUAGUGACUACAUUCAAUCAAAAGUUAUUGCAUCCAUUGUCCAAUUCUUCAAAUGGAAGGAAGUUGUUCCUUUAUUUGAAGACACAGAGUAUGGUAACGGAAUUAUACCUUAUCUUAUUGAUGCCUUACAAGAGGUUGAAGCUCAUGUCACAUAUAGGAGUUCACUACCUCUUUCAGCUACCAAGGUUCAAAUCAUGGAAGAACUAGAUAAGUUGAAAAGCAUGAGGACAAGGGUCUUUGUGGUGCACAUGACAUAUUCUUUAGGCUUGCAGCUUUUUAAACAUGCAAAAGAGGCCGGUAUGAUGGGCGAAGGUUACGUAUGGAUUGCAACAUAUGGCUUGACUGACAUCGUGGAUUUGAUGGGUUCAUCAGUGUCUCAUGAGAUGCAAGGUGUUUUGGGUGUAAAGCCCUACGUUAGAGAAAGCAAUAAGCUUAGUGAAUUCAAAUUGAGAUGGAAAAAGAAAUUCAAGCAGGUAAAUUUCGGUGCGAAAAUAUCUGAACCCACUGUUUUUGGGUUAUGGGCAUAUGAUACAGUUUGGUCGCUUGCACUCUCUGCACAGAAUGUUUAUGUGACAAAUUCCACAUUUCAAGGGCUAAAUACCACCGAUAAUGCAACUGAUUUUGCAAGACUUGGAUUAUCGUCAUCUGGCCCUCUCAUUCUGAAUCAAAUGUUAGGCACCAAAUUUGAUGGCAUAAGUGGAGAGUUUGAAUUAAUUAAUGGGCAGCUGGAGUCGAAAAGAUUUGAAAUAAUUAAUGUAGUAGAUAACGGAAAGAAAACUAUUGGAUUCUGCACUCUAGAAAAUAACACCUCUUGGAUCGUUCAUUUCAAGGAUGAUCCAGUGGACAUCAUGUGGCCUGGUGGGAAAAAGGUUGUACCAAAAGGAUGGGAGUGGCCUACAAUGGGGAGGGAGCUUCGAAUUGGGAUUCCAGUUAAACCAGGCUUUGGUGGGUUUGUACGAAUCGAAGAUGGGUCUGCUAAAGGGUAUUGCAUUGAAGUAUUUAAUGCUGUUAUGACUCAAAUGCCUUAUAAGGUAUCUUACAAGUAUAUCCCGUAUGAAGAUGCACAUGGAAACAUGAAUGGGACAUACGAUGAUCUUGUCUACGAGGUUUUUCGUCAGAAAUAUGAUGCCGUGGUUGGCGACAUAACAAUUAUAGCCAAUCGUUCUCUAUAUGUGGAUUUUACCUUGCCGUAUACAGAGUCUGGGGUAUCCAUGCUGGUCCCAAUCAAAGACAAGCGCCACAAGGGUGCAUGGACCUUCUUGGAGCCAUUAUCCACUGAUCUUUGGUUGGCAAGUGCAGCCUUCUUUAUCUUCACAGGGUUCGUGGUGUGGUUUCUUGAACAUCGUAUCAAUGAGGAAUUCAGAGGCACAAUCUCUAAUCAACUCGGCACAAUCUUCUACUUCGCUUUCUCUACUCUUGUCUUUGCUCAUAGGGAGAAGGUAUUGGGAAACCUGGCUAGGAUUGUGGUGAUAAUAUGGGUGUUCGUCGUGCUUGUGUUGCAGUCUAGCUACACUGCUAGCUUAACCUCAAAGCUUACUGUGGAACAACUUCAGCCAACUGUCGCCGACAUAAAUGAGCUUUUAAAAAAUGGGGACUCUGUUGGCUACCUGGAUGAUUCUUUCAUGCCCGGCCUCUUGAAGCAGUUAAAUUUCCAUGAGUCUAAGAUUAUACCCUACAAAUCACCUGAGGAUUAUAAUGAGGCCAUGUCGAAUGGAACAGUUGCGGCUAUUUUUGAUGAAAUACCUUAUCUCAGAGUGUUCCUCUCUAAGUAUUGUGGCAAGUAUACCAUGACUGGCCCUACGUACAAGACUGAUGGAUUUGGCUUUGCUUUCCCCAAAGGUUCACCCUUGGUUCCCGAUAUUUCAAGGGCGGUCCUAAAAGUAAUGGAAGGAGAAAUCAUGACUAAAUUCGAGAAAGAACCCUACGUUGAUGGAAACUGCUCUGACCAAGAAGACAGCACAACAACUUCAAACAGCCUGAGAAAGAUCACAUCAUUGGCGAAAGUCUAUGAUCAAAGGGAUCCUUCGAGUGUGAGAAAGAAGGAUGAAGCUGUGGACAGGCCUGCUUCAGUGGGUGAUAUUAUGCUUACACCCUGUACUAUGAGCGCGCCUCAGAGCCCAUUAAGCAUCUUAAAUCCUGGAGAUCAAGAGGGCUUUGAGACUGAUGAAGGAGAAGGAAUGGUUAUGGAUGAUGAUGAUGAUGGUGAUGCUCCGGGGACUCCUGGUAGAGAGAUAAAUAGUCAGAAUCCUGAUCCGCCUUCGUUUGCUGAGAUGUUACCUGAGAGAAAUUCAGGAUCACCAUAGUAAUUACUAGGAUCUCUUUUUUGCUUUUAAAUGUAUAGAAAUGAUAGUAAUGAAUCAUGGGGGAGAGAGUCAUGGGGGAGAGAGAUUAUCAUUUGAUGAUCGGAUUACUUAUUUGGCACUCAGUCGUAGACUCAUUGUAUAUAUCAUGUAUACCUAUCUAUGUAUGAGUAGGCAUUGCCCAAAUUUCACAUAAUACGAAUUAUUGAAGAUUAAGAAAUGUAUAUUUGUAG